AUGGAAACCCUUCUCUCCCACUCGUUCGACUACCUCUCUUCCGCAUCACCACAAAAGAUUCGCAAAGGUCUAAGACAGGUCGAAGGCCUACUAGCACAGAUAUGCAUGUCUAAGCCUCAACAGCCUCUAAACAAGCGGCAUUCUAUGCUGGCUUUAGGGUCGAAUUCAACCACCACCCCGCCUAAGAAGCUCAAAGACCUGCACAGUGAUCCAGCAUAUAGAGAGUUCUUCAAACUGCAACAAGGCUUUCAGUGGAAUGUGUGUAUGCGACUGAUCAGCUGUCUGGAGAGACUACUGGGGAAAGAAAGCAAUGGCACAAACGACCUGUUGGUUAUACAGACCUUGGAGCUCAUUCAAGGAGUGCUGCUAUUACAUCCACCAAGCAGGGAACUCUUUGCCAGAGAAAUAUACAUGAACCUCUUUCUCGACCUUCUUGACCCACAAAACUGUCCCGCAAUACAAUCGACAACUCUGCUCGCCCUUGUAACCUCUCUCCUCGAUCAGCCAAGCAACACCCGCACUUUCGAAACCCUGGACGGUCUACUCGUUAUCACCUCUCUUUUCAAAUCUCGCUCCACGAGCCGCGAAGUCAAGAUGAAAUUGGUCGAAUUCCUUUACUUCUACCUUAUGCCAGAAACUGCACCACCAAAGCACGUGGUCACUAGUGCAACAAAUACAGCUGUCCUCGGCGGAAGAGGGAGAGAAAUUGCUGCUGCCUUCGACAGGGACAGGAGGAGGGAAAGCACUGUCCACAUCGACACAGAGAUAAAGGGAGAUGGGCAGACAAGAUCUACCACUGACAAGCAGGAAAUGUUGAGCAAGUAUCUGAGCAACGUGCAGGAUCUCGUGGAAGAUUUGAGUGAGGGCAGUGGACCAUUCGGAGUUGGAUCGUGA